UUUAGGAGGGGAAGCAAUUCGAGUUCAUGGGAUGACAUCCAUAUACUCCAAAAGCAUUCAGAAAUCUGUCCCAAAGAGGAGGAAUUGGAUGAAAUCCAUCACUUGGUCUCAUGUGUCGAAAGAGCUCUUAAACUGGUUUCCGAUCGGAUGACCGAAGAGGACGCAAAUCUGGCGAUGAAUGACAUAAUAAAGCGAGAGUUCGAACAAAUACCAGAAUCUGGCGCUCCAUCAGAACCAUCGCCUAAAGAGAAAACGCCAACCGAUGCGAACACAAGUGAUGUUAAACCAGAAGAAUCACAAUUUCGUCUUAUGAAAGGUCUUAUGCGUGUCGGCCCUCUCGCCAAAGGACUACUUCUAACCGGCGAUAAAGACGUGGAUUUAGUGGUGAUUUGCGCUCAAAAGCCAACGAAACCACUGUUACAGCGAAUCGUUGAUUUACUUCCGUCUCAACUGCAGAUUGCUUCAUCUACCGAGUCGUUUGAUAUUAUAAUGAAAGCCCACGAAUCAGGUCUUUCAGUGAGCACUAGGAAUGAGCCGAAAAUCACAGCAAACGUUACACUCACUUCUCCUUUGGUCAGAGAGGAGAACAGUGAAGGAGUGGCCACUCCGGGAGUGAAUGGUAGCCUAUGGGUGCCAUUCAUUUACUUCCGAUACCUUCUGUGCGAAACACAUUUAUUUGCAGAUAAACUGACAACUGAUCGACAGAUCCUAUUCAUCACUUUCCCCUCAACGUCCCCCAAAUGUCUGGCCGGACGGCUGGACAGAGGGGACAGUGAGUUAGAGAUGGUUAAAGAGCCCCAACAACUGCUCGAUCGCUACAAAUGUGUCGAAGCACUGGCAGCUCUUCGACACGCAAAAUGGUUUCAGGCUAGAGUUGCCAACUUACAGCCCUGUCCUCUAAUCAUUCGUAUAUUUCGGGAUUUAUGUAAACGUCUGCCCACUUGGUCUAAGUUGAGCCUUUGGGCCAUUGAAUUGCUCUCCGAAAAAGUCAUAUCAAGUGCUGGCGAACCCUUAGCUCCUGGAGAAGCUUUAAGGCAUACUUUUGAAGCUAUAUCUUCAGGUAUUCUAUUGCCGGGCGGGACAGGGCUUGUGGAUCCCUGUGAGAAGGAUCCCACCGAUGCUCUGUCGGCACUCACACGACAGGAAAGGGAAGACAUCACUUCAUCAGCUCAGCACGCGUUAAGGCUCAUAGCAUUUCGUCAGAUCUAUAAGAUCUUAGGCGUCGACCCAUUGCCUCAAAAGCAACGCAAACGAAGACUUGACUCCGAAAAUGGGUCCGCAGUUGAGGGCGAACUCGAUGUGAAGAAAGAGAAAAAAGAGCCGACACUUGAAGAUAACGGCACUGAAGAUAUUUCUGCUCUUAAUAAUGAAACUUAACUUUUCUAUCAAUAUUUCAACGCAAAUCACUUUUUCUCGCGGAUUUGUGACUAUUUCUGAGUUAACCUUUGAUUCCCAUAUUUGAUACAAUUGUGACAAUUGUUUUAAAAUCUAUACAGUAUCGU